AUGCGUGGUCGUUCGAUAUCCCUUUUGCUCAUAGCCACAUUGGCGAGCUCUGUGUUUGCCAGGGCCCAUGAUGCCCCUGUGUAUACAGUUUCAGUUGAAAAUACAGUCUCCGUUGAAAUAUCUCCAACAGGAAACGUGUCCGUGACGGUGUCCCGUCUGGGCAAUCGUGAUGCGCCCAACAACGCCGACUACCGCUGUGGUCCGAAGCUCGGCAAAUGCCCUGUGGGUACAUGCUGCUCUGGUGCUGGGUUCUGUGGCACAUCCAAGGCGCAUUGUCGCUCUCCGGACUGCAAGAUCGACUACGGCAGAUGUGAUGCCCACAAAACACCUUUAGGACCACCGACCAAGGAUAUUCCCCGUCCACACCUUGGUGAAGUCCCGUAUGGCCCUCGUGAGAUUCGUUCCUGCGCUGUCCCUGGAACUGUUGCAUUGACAUUCGACGAUGGCCCAACCCGCUACACUGGCGACCUGCUUGAUCUGCUCGACAAGUACGAUGCAAAGGCCACUUUCUUCAUUACUGGUAUCAACAAUGGAAAGGGUGCCAUCGAUGACCUCAGUCUGCCCUGGGCUUCCCUCAUCGAACGGAUGGACUCAAGCGGCCACCAAAUCGCCAGUCACACAUGGUCACAUGAAGACCUCAGCUUGAUUACCCCCUCGCAACGUGCUGAACAAAUUGGAAAGAACGAAGCGGCUCUGCGCAAUAUCCUCGGAUACUUCCCUACUUACAUGCGGCCACCUUAUUCCAGCUGUAGCCCUGACUCACAAUGCGGGAAAGAGCUGGGAAAGCUGGGGUAUCACAUCAUUCUCUACGAUAUCGACACAGGCGACUACAAGUACGAUAGCCCGGACCUGAUCCAGCGGUCGAAGGACAACUUUGAUCGACAGCUCUUUGGUAGCGAUCCGCGCACCAAAUCAUGGCUCGUCAUUGCUCAUGAUGCCCAUGAGCAGACUGUCCACAACCUCACUGAGCACAUGCUCAAGGCAAUCCAUGAUCAGGGCUAUCGAACAACUACUGUCGGUGACUGCCUCCGGGAUCCCAGGGCACUAUGGUACCGCAAGGACACCCGAAUGCCUUCUCACAAAAAGAAGCCGAAGAAGCAUUCCUCGGCAGAUCCUAAGAAGCCAAUCUCUUGGGACGGUUCUUGUGGUAAGAACUAUACCUGCCUUGGCUCCAGAUUUGGGUUCUGUUGUGACAGCACCAACUCUUGCGGCAACACCACACGUCAUUGUGGACAUGGCUGUCAAAAGGAUGCCGGUUACUGCUCCAUGGAGGCUCCUUUCAAUGGGGAUGCGUGGAAUCCCAAAGUGGGGCCCAAGAAGGGUCACAAGUCAGAUGCGGAUCCUGGGUACCGGAAUAUUGGUACUGCAGCUGCCACGUCGUUGUUGCUUGCUUUACUUGUUGCUAUGUUGCUGUAUGGAUGA